CGCCAAACGAAUUGUUCUUCAAGGUCGGGACAGUAUCAGCUGUUGGGGUCGUUUUUAUAAUCAGUUGUUCAUCAACCUUAGUUUUGAAAGAGUGACAGUCUUACUGGGACGUGAUAUUCACAUACUAAAUGCUUGAUUAACUUCAUGUCUCCAACUGCUAAACUUAAAAGGACAUUCUCCCUACUGGUUGGUUCGGAUAUAACUAUAAAAUUUCUCUUACCUAAUGGGAUUAUAAUACCACUUACAGUGAAUUCAGAGUCAACAUUAGAAGAAAUCAAAGUACAGCUUUGGAUUUCCGCAGCAAAAUUACCAUUAUUUGAUAUAUUACAAUCAAAGAAUGACUACAUAUUUGUUGGUGUUAACCGAGAAACUGGUGACGAAGAAGAGUUUUAUGAUAUAAAUCGUCGACUUCAUGAAAUUCCACUUCUUUUACCUUACUUACGUGUUACUGAAAUCGCAAGAGAUACUACCCUAUUAAAAAUCAGUAAUCAGAAUGCUGCGAUCUCCAGUUGUACAGGUAUACCACAUACAGAUAUCAUACGUGCUUGUAGAACAAACCCUGAAGUAAAAUGGGCACGAUUACGUUUAUUACGUGUAGCUAAUAUGCAUACAAAAGCAUUGAAUCAAACCGGAUCAGAUGGCUUGAUCCGUUACUUAACUUCAGCUAGUAAACGUGAACUAAGCCAGUCAUUAAAAGUUCUUCUCCAAAAGCAAACACAUCUUACAAUAACAGCGUGGGUAUUAGAUGGUAAAGACCCACCGGAAAAAUGUCGUGUUGUCCUCGAAUUGGAUAAGAAAGCUACUGUAUUUAACGCUCUAAAUGAAAUUUUGCAUGCGCAAGCUGAACUGGCUAGACAAGAUUGUCAAGUUAAAAUGAGUUAUGGUCUCCCAGAUGCAUCAAAUUAUUUACUGAAAGUUUGUUGUUCACAAGCUUAUCUAUUCGAUUUGAACGAAUUACUCAUUCAAUAUGAAUAUAUACAACAAUCUAUUGAACAUCAUCAACAUCCUUGUUUAAGUCCAAUUUUAAAGAACGACAUUAAACAAAGUUUGCAUAACUGUCUUAAUGAAUAUAAUAAAAAUCCUAUCUAUCAACUGAAUCAUAACAAUGAUAGUUCGAUAAUCUCUUCGAAAUCCACCCUAAAUACCUAUACCAAUAACUUUGAUAAAAACAACAAUAACUCAAUUGAUUUAUAUCAACAGUUAGAAAAUUUUUUAAUCAAUCAUGAUAAAUUUGAUAAAUGUGAGACUGAUGAAUGCAUAAGCAACAUUGACGACAAUUUUAUCGACUGUCGAUCAUCUAUUGAUUUCAACAAAGACGAUGAUACAUCCGCUUUUGACGUUAUUGAUAGUGCUCACACAGUCCUCUUAUCUGAAAACUGUUCUUCAAAAAAUGCUGAAGGUAUUCAAAAGAAUUUAACAUCUCCAUUUACACUCACUUCUGACCGUCAACAAAAUGUAUCUCUUUGGGAACUAAGUGGAUUUUUAAGUAUACAAGUUUGUUCAGCACAGUUUCUUGUCGAAAAUAUUACAAGUUUAAAUUCUUCUUCCACAACCUCCCUCUCUUUAUCAACAAUUUCAUUUCCGUCCUCUUCAGUACAUCAGUCAAAUCCUAACUUAAAUGUUGUACAGCAUACAAGCGUACAUGGUGGAGCUGCUUUGGAUGGAAGUUAUGUUGUACGAGUGGGAAUAUUUCAUGGUAGUCAGUUUUUAAUUGAAUGUCAAACAACUAAAGAAAGACCGGGAAACUACUUAACAUGGCGUGAAUGGCUUAAUUUUCACAUUCUUUUAGCUGAUCUACCUAUUGCUACGCGCAUCUGUGUAGCGCUUAUACGAAUCAGAAAAAUUGUGGAUCGAAAAAACGUGAGAUUUUGUGAAUACCUAUAUGGCUGGGGUAAUGUCAAUUUGUUUGAUCACAAUGGUUUCAUGAUCACGGGUGAAAUUACUUUAAAUUUAUGGCCACCCUCUUUAGUUCAGACGGCAGAUGAAAGUCUUCAUCCUUGUGGUACUGUACUUGGUAACCCCAAUCCUGAAUUCUCAAUACAGAUCAAAAUUCAUAACCCAACUCAAGGUCGUAUUCGUCGACCAACAGUGAAUUGUUUUAUCAAUGCAUAUCAUACAAAAAAAUUCAAUUCCUCUUCAUCCCAAUCCUAUUCAGAUAGUCAUUCAUUAAAAUCACGGAAUGAUGAUCAUGCUAAGAGUGCAAAAGUAGAUUAUUCAUUUUGCACAAGUGAAAUAGGUGAUGUGGAUGCUUGUCUAUGCAUAGAGUCAAAUAAUAAUUUAACAACGAUUCAUAAUAAUACUUAUAAAGGAGAUAUACCAUUAGAAUUUGUUUCUAAUAAAUCUUUUCAGAAUAACACUAUUACUUCAUCAGUAACAAAUUUAACUAAUAAAAUAUUAGAAUCAAGAUUACGUGAAAUAGUUAAUCGUGAUCCAUUAUAUGAAUUAUGUGAACAAGAAAAAGAUUAUUUAUGGCGUGGUCGUUAUUGGUGUUUAAAUAAUUUACCUUCAGCAUUACCAUGGAUAUGUCAAGUUGUUAAUUGGUGUGGUCGUGAUACAUUAGCAGAAUUCUACACUCUUAUACAUCAGUGGCCACAACCAUUUAGUGUUGACAUAGCUUUACGUUUACUUGGUGCAUUCGAUUUAACACGAAGUAAUUCAAAUCUUAUUGAUUUACCCAAUGGAAUAAAAGUUGGAGCAAGUGGAAUAGCUGAUUUAUAUAUACGCGAAUUAGCUGUAAAUAGUUUGUAUAAUCUUAGUGAUGCUGAAUUGAGUGAUUAUCUGUUACAACUGGUCCAGGCUCUUAAAGCUGAAACCUAUUUGGACAAUGCAUUAACUCGUUUUAUUUUAUAUCGUGCUUUAAAAAAUCCUCUGCAAAUUGGUUUACGAUUGUUUUGGCAUUUACGUUCUGAACUUCAUUUGCCAGAUAUACGCCUUCGAUUCAGUCUAAUAUUAGAAGCAUUUUGUCGAGGUUGUGGACCAAUGUUAGUAUUACUUUCUCGUCAGGUAACCGCUCUCAAUCGUUUAGAAGCGUUAAGUACACGUCUAAAAGAAUUAACUAGCGAGGAUGAACAACGUGAACUAUUCCGUGAAGAGAUGUCUCGAACAGAAACCCAACAUGAUCUUCAAUGGUUACCAUCUCCGUUAUGUUUAAGUGAAAUCUUAGGUGAAUUAUUAAUUCAUAAAUGUGAUGUUAAGCGAUCUAAAAAAAGACCCUUAUGGCUUGUAUGGACAAAUCCUGAUAGACUGGCACAAUUUCAUCAUCAAAACUAUCAACUGAUUUUUAAACAUGGUGAUGAUCUCCGUCAAGAUAUGCUGACACUUCAGUUACUCAAGUUAAUGGACCGUAUAUGGAAAGAAGAAGGUAUGGAUAUGUGCUUAACAUCAUAUGGUUGUUUUGCAACAGGAUAUGAAAUGGGAAUUAUUGAAGCAGUACGUGAUUCACGUACUGUAAUGUCUAUACAAGGUGAACGUUUACGUUCUGCUUUACAAAUUGAUUCAUCACAGUUAUAUAAAUGGUUAAUGCAACAUGCUAAACAAAAGGCAAGACAGUUAAAUCAUUCACCAUUAGGUGAUAAUUCUGCAUAUGAACGAAUGAUACGUACAUUUACUAUGUCAUGUGCUGGUUAUUGUGUUGCUACAUUUAUUUUAGGAAUUCGUGAUAGACAUCCAGAUAAUAUAAUGGUUGAUUCAACUGGGCGAUUGUUUCAUAUUGAUUUUGGGCACAUUUUAGAUAAUCGUAAGAAGAAGUUUGGUUUUACUCGUGAACGUGUACCAUUUGUUUUGACAAAAGAUUUUAUUACAGUAAUUGCACGUGGUAAUUCUGAUGCUGGUACAAUAUCAACCACAACUAAUACUCCACCAUCAGUCAUCCAUAAUACUAUCGGAGGAAUAUAUGGUAAUAUGUAUUUUCAAGAAUUCACUGAUUUAUGUGGUAAAGCUUACCUUCUGUUACGCAAACAUUCAAAUCUCAUAUUAACAUUAUUAGCUAUGAUGUUACCUUCUGGAUUACCCGAACUAACUUCAGUGUGUGAUUUGGAACAUGUAAGAAAGACUUUAGCUGUCGAAAUUGAUAAUGAACAAGAAGCACUUGCCUAUUUUCAUCAUAAAUUUAAUGAAGCCUAUUCUGGUGCAUGGACAACAAAAAUUGAUUGGUUUUCACAUUGGAUGAAUACAUAAUUGACUGCACAAAAUAUUAGUCAUACCGUUACAUGAAUUCAUUUAAUUUAUUUUCUGUGAGCAAUAUGAUUUGAUUUAUUCAUUUACUUAUCGCACUGUAUCCCUUAAAAAUAUUUUUGUAUAUUCUACUGAUAUUCUGCAAUGCUUUGUAUCCAAAUGAAACAGAGUUUUAUUUUAAACCUAUGGUUUCUUGAAGUAAUGAAACAUACUGUUGGGGACGAUAGAUCCCCAAACUCAUAUUUUAAAUUUUAUCUUAUCGAUCAAAUGUUAGAUAUUUUUAUUGGGGUCAAUUGAUGAACUAUCGAUUAAAUGCGCAAAUAGGUCAAUUAAUGAACUCAUUGAUUAAUGUUUAAAAAUUUUCUAUCGAUUGUAAAUAAUUGUAUAAAUACGCUUGACUUGUAUGCUUGAUCUGAUCUGCCUGCCUGACUUGUUAUCUGCUGUUGCUUGUAGAAUAUACUUUCUACGCCUUACCAAGACUUCUUGAUCGAGUUAGCUGAGUCGAAGACAACGGACCAGAAUAGUCUAUCGAGUCGCUGAAUCAUUGAUCCUUCGUUCCGUUUCGAGUAAGACGCAUCAGUAAUCGCAUUCAAGCAAUAACGAAACAUAACAAAUUGGCGACGGUGGUUUUUCGAUUAUGGACCCUACCAAACUUGAACUGUUACUUGAGCAGCAGCUAAAAUUGAUGCUAAUGUUAAUGGAGACCAAGGUUACGCCUCCCUUACAGCCAAGCACGUCUAGUUCAACCACGGCACCAUCAGUAGAUGGCAUCGCAAAUAGCAUAGCUGAAUUUCAUUACGAUCCUGAUUCUAAUGUUACUUUUGAAAUGUGGUUCAGGCGUUAUGAAGAUCUAUUUAAAUUUGAUUUCGCCAAUCAAGAUGAUGCUUGGAAAGUGCGGCUGCUACUUCGUAAACUGGGUGCAAAUGAGCUGGACAAGUAUUGCAAUCUGAUCUUGCCGUUGAACCCACGUGACCGAUCAUUUGCAGACACAGUUCAAACAUUAAUCUAACAUUUUGGCGAUAACUCGUCACUGUUUAAUACUCGUUAUCGUUGCUUGAAGCUAACUAUGAACGAAGAUGAUGAUUUUCUUACGCAUGUGGGCGUCGUCAACCGUGAAUGCGAACGCUUCCGGUUAAAGUCCUUGACUGAAGAUCAGUUUAAAGCCCUGAUCCUUAUUUGCAGCCUACAGCACCAAAAGUUCAGUGACUUACGAACAAGGCUACUAAGUCGUUUGAAUCAAGAACCGGAACUCACCCUGAGUGAUAUAGCUAAUGAAUAUCAACGUCUCAUUAAUCUUCAACGAGACACUUCUAUGGUCCAGAGUGGUGGUUUUAGCCGAUUUGAAGUACGAGCGGUGCAACAGACACCUCACAAAAACAAACACGUCCACGUUUCAUCCAGUCCAUCUCACUCCAGCUCUAGACGACAGACUAAAGCAACUCCUCCUGCUCCUUGCUGGCAAUGUGGUGCAUGGCACUACGUUCGAAACUGCCCAUUUAAACAACAUCGAUGCAAGAAGUGUAAGGUUAUCGGUCAUAAGGAUGGGUUUUGUCUGUGGAAGAAGACUCCAAGUCAAUCAAGAAAUACCAACAAGACCUGUCCUAGAUCCCGCACCAGUUCAUUGAGCCUAGUAUCUUCGUGUCAAAGCUCAUCACCAAGUCAGAGAAAAUUUAUUACUGUUAACAUUAAUGGGCAUUCAUCUAAAUUGCAAAUAGAUACAGCAUCAGAUGUCACUAUCCUCUCUCGUAAGACUUGGAUCAAAAUAGGCAGCCCAAACUUGCAGCAUACAACGCAAAAGCCUCGUACUGCCUGUGGUAAUUACCUUCACCUGCUAGGAAAAAUGGAAUGUACAGUUACCUUCCGUGAUUUGGCAUUUGUUGGGGUAUGCUACAUAACCCCAGCUGAUCUAAAUUUGCUCGGGUUAGAUUGGUUUGAUCACUUAAAAUUAGCUGAUGUCCCGUUGAAUACCAUAUGCAACCUGGUAUCACAACCACAACUGCGACAACAACCACAUGACUUCGAAUCAUAUACGAGCACCCUAAUGACGCAGUUUUCAACUAUUUUCCAACCUGGAUUGGGUCGCUGCUCUGUCAUGAAAGCAACACUUCGAUUGAAAACUGGGGCUAAGCCUGUUUUCCGCCCAAAGAGACCUGUCCCUUAUGCAACAUUACAAACAGUAGAUGAAGAAUUGAACCGCCUUCAACAACAAGGAGUUAUCACUCCCGUUUCCUACUCUGCAUGGGCAGCACCUAUCGUGGUUAUUAAGAAGGCCAACGGCACGAUACGUAUAUGUGCUGACUUUUCAACAGGUCUCAAUGCAGCUCUGGAACAACAUCAUUAUCCCUUGCCUGUUCCCGCAGACCUAUUUACCAUGCUGAAUGGGGGAAGAUUUUUCGCUAAGCUGGAUCUAGCUGAUGCUUAUUUGCAAGUGGAAGUAGACGAAGCAUCAAGAGAGCUGUUAACUACCAAUACUCAUCGUGGUUUGUUCCAGUAUAACCGUCUACCUUUCGGAGUCAAAACUGCACCAUCUAUUUUCCAACAAUUAAUGGAUACCAUCCUAUCAGGUAUCUCGGGAGUCGCGGCUUAUUUGGAUGACAUUUUAAUUGUAGCAACGACAUUAGAACAACUACGAGAACGCACGACAUUGGUACUGCAACGCAUCAGUGACAACGGGUUCCGGUUACGCCCAGAGAAAUGCCAGUUUUAUUUGCAGUCGGUAAAAUACUUGGGGUUCAUUUUCGAUGCCGACGGCCGCAGGCCAGAUCCUGAGAAUAUCCGAGCUAUCAAACUGAUGCCCACUCCCACUAAUGUCUUGGCACUACGUUCCUUCCUGGGACUUGUCAGCUAUUACUCAGCGUUCGUUCCAUCGAUGCAUGAUAUUCGCGCUCCACUCAAUAGCUUACUGCAGAAGAACAGCUCUUGGAACUGGACAAAACAGUGUGACACUGCCUUUUGUAAACUGAAGUCCAUUAUUAGUUCUGAAUUGCUGUUGACACACUACGAUCCAGCCAUGCCGAUCAUCGUAGCUGCAGACGCUUCAGCGUAUGGCCUAGGCGCUGUUAUCUCCCAUCAGUUUCCGGAUGCGUCGGAAAAAGCCAUCAUGCAUGCAGCCCGUACACUAACCCCAGCAGAAAAAAAAUACAGCCAGAUAGAAAAAGAAGCGCUUGCACUUGUGUUUGCUGUGCGCCGUUUCCACAAGUUCCUGUACGGUCGGAGAUUCACGCUUCUCACAGAUCAAAAGCCUUUACUCGCAAUAUUCGGGUCGAAAUCUGGCAUUCCAGCUCAUUCAGCAAAUCGCCUUCAGAGAUGGGCUUUAGCACUCUUGGGGUAUGAUUUCGAGAUCCAGUACCGACGCACUCAACAAUUCGGUCAGGCGGAUGCCUUAUCACGACUCAUUAGUGACCAGUUGGCGGCUGAGGAAAACACGGUAAUUGCAUCUCUGCUAGCGGAAGACCACGCCGAAUGUUAUCUGACGACCGCAAUACGAACUUUGCCGGUAUCUGCAACGGACAUACAAAAUGCUUCUAAGAGCGACCCCAUCAUCAAGAGAACUAUGAACUAUGUCACCAACGGUUGGCCGACUAAGAAGUUUGAUGGUGAUAUAAAACAGCUGUAUCAGCGGCGGGAUUCUCUAUGCAUUGUGAACGACUGCUUGAUGUUCGGAGAGAGAGUGGUUGUGCCAGAAUCCCUUCGUGCAAAAGUGCUGAAACAGUUCCACCUUGGUCAUCCGGGGGUUAGACGAAUGAAAUCCAUAGCCAGGAGUCAUGCGUAUUGGCCGCUAAUGGAUCAACAUAUAACAGAAUUGGUUGGGAAAUGUAUGCGGUGUCAGCAAGCGGCAAAAAUGAACGCCAAAGUUCCACCAGUUUCAUGGCCACAACCUGAUCAUCCUUGGUCCAGAAUACACGUCGACUUUGCCGGCCCGAUUAACGGAACCAUGUAUCUAGUUGUAGUCGACGCCCUUUCGAAAUGGCCUGAAAUCAACCCUAUCAUACCGCCAACGACAACUAAAACAAUACAGAUCCUCACAGAAAUUUUCUCCCGAAAUGGUAUACCAGAUGCCAUUGUAUCUGACAACGGUUCACAGUUCACCUCCAGCCAAUUCCAGUCAUUCUGUCAACGACUAGCCAUAAAGCACUUACGCUCGCCACCAUACCACCCGCAGUCGAAUGGGCAAGCAGAAAGGUUUGUGGAUACGUUUAAAAGAGCCUUGGCUAAAACAAAAGGGGAGGGGACGCCAGCAGACGCGUUGCAAAAUUUCUUAUACGUGUAUCGAACAACACCAAAUGAAACGUUGCCGGAGCGAAAGUCCCCAGCAGAGAUCCUAAUGGGAAGAAGACUGAAGACGAUCCACAGCCUGAUGCAUCCAAGUAAUGCAACUACACCAGUACGGACAAAGUUUGAAAAGCAAUCCACGUACGAAGUGGGAUGUCCGGUGUUUGCCCGUGAUUACAGACCGACCCAUAGUCCAUGGACAGAAGCGCGAGUGGUCAGAAGAGUUGGCCGAGUCAUGUACGAAGUUGAGGUAGGUAGUGACAGGUGGCAACGCCAUCGGAAUCAGUUACGCAAACGGUUAGCCCCAGACCGCCCAUCAACAGAAUCAAAUAUUCCUCUUGACAUCCUGCUAGACACAUUCAACUUACCGGCAACCCCACCAAAAGAAAAACCUCAACAACAAGCUGAAACACGUCACAGACGGUGGCCUAUCCGAGAACGGCGAGCAACAGUCAGGAUGCAGGUUGACCCCAGGAAAGCCCGCUAUUAAAAAGGGGAGGAGUGUUGGGGACGAUAGAUCCCCAAACUCAUAUUUUAAAUUUUAUCUUAUCGAUCAAAUGUUAGAUAUUUUUAUUGGGGUCAAUUGAUGAACUAUCGAUUAAAUGCGCAAAUAGGUCAAUUAAUGAACUCAUUGAUCAAUGUUUAAAAAUUUUCUAUCGAUUGUAAAUAAUUGUAUAAAUACGCUUGACUUGUAUGCUUGAUCUGAUCUGCCUGCCUGACUUGUUAUCUGCUGUUGCUUGUAGAAUAUACUUUCUACGCCUU